AAACAUAACCUGUACGUGUUACGUGAUCGUCGUUAUCAGAGCAAGAAUUUCUCACUCUUGAGAUUACGUGUAUGCCUCUGAAUUAAAAUUAUGUGUAUUUUAUUUCUCUACACUGAUCCCUCACCACCUUCGGAUGGUUAUAGGCUAAUCGUUGCGACAAACCGAGACGAAUACUUCGACAGGCCGACUGCUUCCGCCUACCAUUCCAUCGAAGAGAACAUAAUUGGAGGUAGAGAUUUACAGCCCGGCAAAGAGGGCGGGAUGUGGUUCGGCGUCUCGUUGAACAAAACUCUACGUCUGGGGAGUCUUCUGAACGUGACCGGGGCGGACUGUAACGGCAAAGGUCGAGGAUACAUCACCUCGAAUUAUCUGAAAGGUGAUUUGCCGGCGGAAGCCUACAUUGACUCUUUACCGGACGAGUAUAGCGCCUAUAAUUUCGUCACGGCCGAAUUAAGCAAAACCGAUACGACAGUCUACCACACCAGCAACUGCCCGAGCGCGCGUACGAAGUUCGUCGGCAGGCAGGUGUUGGGAUUUGGUAACACGCCUCUCGACGUGCCGUUGCAGAAGGUCAUUAACGGACGAGGAAUGUUCGAGGAGAUAGUCACGAACGAACGGGAUCCGGAACGGCUCACCGCGAAGCUUUUGGAGUUGUUAAACUGCAGAGAACGGUUUCUUCCCGAUGACGAGUUGAGGCGACGUUCGCCCGCGUACGAAGACCUAUCUUCGAUUUUUGUAAAUAUGGAAAGAGCGCGUUAUGGGACACGAGCACAAACGCUAAUCCUGCUCAAUUCAGAUUGGGAACUACAAUUUAUUGAAGUGGCAAUGGAACAACCAGUCGAUAUAAAGCCGACAUGGCAAAGCUGUACGUUUAAAAUACAAUUGUAGAACUA